UGAACAGUAUGUUUGUCAUAGGCUGCACAGCAAAAAUACAAGAGGUAUCUGGCAUAAUUUAGCUCUAAUAAUUAUGCUAACAUAACGACUAUCAUUUUCAAUACAUUUGGUCAAUAGAUUUACUUGAUGAUAUAUACACCUAUAAUCAAUAAAUAAUUUACAAUAAUUAUGUUUAAUCUCACAACUCAAAUGAAGACCGGAGGUAAACAAGGCUUCAGCUCACUAACCACCUUCAUCUUUUCGUAGUGUGCUGGCUCAGUCCUAACGUAAGAGCCUGGUGACAAAGAGUUUACUGCAUGCUUUUAUUUUAUUAAAUGGGAGGAAACGGAGAAGGAAUGGGGAAAUAAUGGACCAGUAACUCUGCGUUUCGGGCUGGAGAACAGUAGCAAGCAGCAGCAACAGCCCUGUACGAGGUCUCUAGCCGGUGUCUGUCAUUACAAGCUGUGAAUUCAAAUGGCAGAGCUGUCAAACCUCGUUUCGGCUGAACGUAUUGGAGAGGUGUUUGAGAAUGUUUCAUGGUGGGAAAUGAAGACCCAUUGAACUCAGAUAAACGGAAUAAAGUUUUACAUUGGAUUAUAUUUAAUCGAUUUUAAAGGUGGGAUGUUAUAGUCCGAGUUCCUUGGAUAUCUGAGAGACAUUGAGGAACCAGUGCCACCAUGGACUCCUGGGUGUUCCCCUCCUCGCUCCCCAACCUAACCGAAGAACCCCUGAUGUACGACAGCUUUAUUCUGGGCAACGAGUCAACGGAACCCAAUGGUACCUAUACGGGCGACAACACGUUCAACCAGACCAGCACCAUGGUCAUCACCUUCCUCUACUUCCUGGUGUGUGGUAUCGGUCUCUGUGGCAACGCCCUUGUGAUCUACGUCAUCCUGCGCUACGCCAAGAUGAAGACGGUCACCAAUAUUUACAUAAUGAAUUUGGCAGUCGCAGAUGUUCUGUUCAUGUUGGGCUUACCGUUCAUCGCCAUUCAGCUGGCGCUGGUCCACUGGCCGUUCGGUGCGGUGCUGUGCCGCGUGGUCAUGACCGUGGACUCACUCAACCAGUUCACCUCCAUCUUCUGCCUUAUGGUCAUGAGCAUCGACCGCUACCUGGCCGUUGUGCACCCCAUCCGGUCCACCAAGUGGCGCAAGCCACGUAUGGCCAAGAGCAUCAACCUGGCGGUGUGGGGGGUGUCACUCCUGGUCAACCUGCCUAUCAUAAUCUACAGCGGUUUAAUCACCAAGCACAACAGUUGCUUCUGUACCAUCGUGUGGCCGGAGCCUGAGGAGGCCUACUACACCGCCUUCAUGUUCUACACCUUCGUCCUGGGUUUCUUCCUCCCGCUCAUGGUCAUCUGCCUGUGUUACCUUCUCAUCAUCAUCAAGGUCAGUCUCAUGGUCAUCUGCCUGUGUUACCUUCUCAUCAUCAUCAAGGUGAAGUCGUCAGGGAUCCGUGUCGGAUCCACUAAGAGGAAGCGCUCGGAGAGGAAGGUAACCCGCAUGGUGUCCAUCGUGGUUGCCGUGUUCGUCUUCUGCUGGCUGCCCUUCUAUGUCUUCAAUGUGACAUCGGUGACAGGAACCAUCUCCACCACGCCCUUCCUGAGGAGCACCUUUGCCUUCGUGGUGGUCCUGGGUUACGCUAACUCGUGUGCCAACCCCAUCCUUUACGCGUUCCUGUCGGAGAACUUCAAGAAGAGCUUCCAGAACGUUCUGUGUCGGAAGAAGGUGGGUGGGCUGGAUGUGAUUGAGCGCAGCGACAGCAAGCAGGACAAGUCGCGCAUGAUGAAUGACCCCACGGAGACUCAAAGCACGCUACUCAAUGGAGACCUGCAGACCAGCAUUUGAAGCUUGUUAAUUCUAAUUGCAUCCCUUAUGUGUGAUCUAUACAGACAUCUUUGAUUUCACAUCAACUCUCCCUCAACCUCACAAGCUCAUCACACACAAACAAAUAAACUAACAAAACGCACACGCACACACACACACACACACACACACACACACACACACACACACACACACACACAGAGAGAAACAAACACGCAGGUGUUUCUGCAGGUGGAAUCGGUCAUCCUGACCUGUUAUCAUACCCUAUGAACAGCUCACAUAGGGAGAGUGAUUGUAGUUGAUCUCAUGGUGUGAUAUUUUGUAAGCAUUUUCUUCUCCCUGUGGACGAGAUGAAAAAAAUGCCAAAGGAACUAAACCCUCAUGGUGUCUGCUCCUCAACGGCUGUUAUCAUGUUCUUUAUGUCUCAUAUCUCUGUUUACCAACUCUCGCUUUAUGUUCUCAAAAGACAUACAAUGACAUGACAUGACAUUGGGUUUUCCUGGUCGUAAAACCCAUACAUUGGGAUAUGUUCAUAAAGGAGAGAAUACAAACUGUAGUUGUGACUGCUCUCUGGUGUUUGGGUGGAUAGCUGAAGAUGUGUCCUGAGUGUAUUGACACUGGUGGACAGUGACAGGAUCAUGUGAGGACCAGAACAGGGUUGUGUUCAUUAGGCCCCAAACGGAAGAAAAGGGACUGAAACCAGGAAGUGCUACCUGAAAUUGUCUAAUAAGAAACAUGCGUUUUCCGCUGCAGAGCAUUUUGACAUGUCCCAGACUGUUACCUACGGUUACUGAUUGACAGCAGACGAGACUUAACCAUGGAGAACAAGGAUUCUCUGCACAUAUGUUUACACUAGCAGGGUGAACCACCACCUCAAUCAGUCUUUGUCACAUUGUCCCGUAGCCAAGAUAAAUAGCAGACUAGGACGUAGGAAGUAUGCCAAAGUGAGACUAGGACUACAGCAGACUCACUGUGUGCACAUUGUCUGUUUACAAAGAUUGUGUCCAAAAUGUUGGGCAGAAUGUGGAAUUAGUAACAUGCCUCUAUUCUUAGAUACUGUAUUACUUAACACAACAGUGAGCAGCAGGCCACAUCACAUCUGGAUCACUACACCAAGGUGUAGUUUGGUUAUCUAAUGACUUACUACAGAAAGAGGAGUAAGGUCUGAAAUGACAUAAAAACACAUGAUAUCCCACAUGGGUAAUUUGCUGGCACAAGUCCUGCUGAGACUUAUACUGUCCAAAUAUGGACUCCGUAAAGUCGGUUUAACAUUAUGGUUGACCUUAGUGGGGUUUUUAACCUCAGAAAGACACAUAUAUGCUGUGGACAAAUAUUCAUCAGUGAGUCAUGGACCUACAGCAUACAGCUGAACAGAGUGACAGAGUUGGAAUCACAUGACCUAAUGAUGACUGUAUGAAGUCCCCUGAUAACUAUGAAUGCACCCUUACUAUGUAAUUGAACAGUUUCUCUGUGUGUGUGUGUGUGUGUGUGUGUGUGUGUGUGUGUGUGUGUGUGUGUGUGUACACGUGUGUGUGUGUGUGUGUACUGUACACAGUGUUUUAUUUGAUACAACAUUCAGUCCAAGGCCAUGAUUAGUAGAAGUGUAGAAUGAGUAGAUAUUGUCCCCAAUAUGUGUACCAGGUGACCUCACCAGGAAAAACUCAGGGCCCAAAUUAUAAUUCUAGCCCAGAGUGUUUCUUGGUCGGGUUAUUAUAAUUCUAGCCCAGAGUGUUUCUUGGUCAGGUAACAUGACCAGUAAGGGUGCAGAGUCCUACUACAGAGAUGAAUGUUGACAUUUUGUUAUAUUGACGGUAUUAGCAUGGCAUCGACCAAGGCUAAUCACUAACCAAACUGCUGCUAGACUGUAUAGACUCCAAUGUGUGCUGUAAUUGUCAAGUCAACAUUGUCAUGUCGUGGUUGAGAAUCAUUUAAUUCAUUUUUCCUCCAAGCUGAGUGGCCGCUGUUUGAUAGUUUAGAUAGCAAAGACAAUGCAUUUUUCAAUCCUAUUGUCCAGUCCUAUUUGAAACCAUCCCUGGUCACGUUUCACCUCAUUCAUAAAUUGUUGCUAUUGCUGUUAUGUUGCAGUUACAGAAAAUAAUGUCCAAGAAAGACCCGUCUUUGCUUCAGCAGGUAUUGAAUACUGUAGUGGUCUUCUUUGCUGUAAAUUAAGCAGCGUUAAUCUGUUUCUCCAUCAAGCAUAAUUUCUUCAAAGCCCAAAGAACAAAUCCACAGUCUGAUCAGUUACAAUUCAAAAUGGCAGUCGUCAGAAACACUACAGGUCAUGCUACAAACACCGAUAAAUCUCCACCGCAUCGUGGAUUCAUUAUUUGAAAUAGUUACCCUUAGUUUGGCAGCUGUUUGACCUGCAUCUGACCCACAUUUCAUAGCUGGUCUUCAGGCUUGCCGAGUCAUGUUGUGUUUGAGAUGCUGAGCUCAUCACAGGCUACCCAGGCCUAGGGCGGGACAAUCACCCACAUACCCCUACUAUUUCUGAGAGGUCAAGUCUACUCAUCCCAGGCCACCCAUGCAGGCCCAGGGCAGGACAAUCACCAACCUGUCCCACACUGGCACAUGGAGCAUUACCACUGGGCACACACUAGUUCAAUCAACAUUGUUUCCACGUCAUUUCAACGUGGAAUAGACAUUGAAUUGACCUCCGUUCCCAGUGUGCCCUCGCUUUGGGAGGUCAGAGGUCACGCUGAGGUCUCCAGUCUGAGCGAUGUGAAUUUGAGAAGGGCUAGAAAACAUUGUAACCCUACAGGGGUGCAGCAGUGUUCAUUCUACUCCCCAUCAUCAUUACUCCCUAAAUCUCACAGGUAUAACCUGUGGAUGGAUCUAUGCCUAUAUGGUAGUGUGUACUAUACUGUAGAUCAGGCUAGAACAGUCAGUACAAAGCCUCUUACAUAAAGGUUCACCUGACUCAAAGUGCCAUUGUCUCCAGGUGCCAUUGACGCCAUUCCAUUUGUUCCGUUCCAACCAUGAUUAUGAGCCAUUCUCUCCUCAGCAGCCUCCUAUGAUAUAAACUAUUGUAUUGGAUUGUCUUUACAUUUUGAAUACCAUCACAUUUUAUUUGCAAUUGACAGAGCAGUGGUUCCCAAUACUGUUACGUGUGAAGGAGAGCUCAGGCUCCACAAUCUGGCUUCAACCUCCAUUAUGAGUGGCCGCUGUAUCUUUGCUUCGUGAAAAACUUUUUCUGAGCUUUUUUGACUAAUAAAAAAUCUGACCAUG